AUGCCUCCGGACGACGGAAGCCUCAGCGACGAGGAGUGGCUCAGGCGCGCGCUCGACGCCGCGCGCGCGCGGGAUCUCGUCCGGGAUCGCCUCGAAACCCUCGCCGCGUCGGACGGCGGCGACGGCGACGAGUUCGAUCGGAACGUCGACGACGACGCAUCGCGCGCGAUCGUCCGCGGCGGCGACGCGCCGGCUUCCGUCGACCGCGCAGCCGCGACGGCGUUCGGCGGGUGGAUCCCGUGCGACGCCGACGCCGAUCGAACCUUACUCGUGGACAACUACGAUAGCUACACGUACAACCUGUACCACCUCAUCGCGGCGGUCGACGGCGCCCCGCCCGUCGUCGUGCGAAACGACGCAAUCGCGUGGCAUCAGCUGGAACCCGCGUUGCGCGCCGGGCACUUCGGCAGGGUGGUACUAUCGCCCGGGCCGGGCACGCCCGAUAGAUCGGACGACGUCGGGAUCUGCGCGGACGUGCUAUCGAACGCGGUGGACGUCCCGGUGCUCGGCGUGUGCCUCGGGCACCAGGCGCUGGCGACUGCGCACGGCGGCGUCGUCGGCAGGGCCCCCGUGCCGAUGCACGGCCGUCUUCACGUCCUCGUCCACGACGACUCCCCGCUCUUCGCCGGGAUCCCCUCGGGAGGAGGGACGGGGGAAGGCGGGGAAGGCGGAUCGUUCGUGGUGACUCGGUAUCACUCGUUGGCGGUGGACGCGGCGUCGCUGCCGGAGUGUUUGAUACCGUGCGCGUGGACGGAGCGGGGUGGCGGCGACGGCGGCGGGGUUCCGUCGAACGAGUCCGCGACGAACGCUGAGAUCGAGGACGCCGGUGGGGUGGUGAUGGCGCUUCGGCACAGGGAUCGGCCGCACUACGGCGUGCAGUUCCACCCGGAGAGCGUGUGCUCCCGGUUCGGCGAGCGUUUAUACCGAAACUUUGCCGCCAUCGCGAAGGCGCACAACGAGGGAGGUUCGAGGACGCGACCGACGGAGGGCGUCGCCGGCGUCAUGGCACCGCGGGGUAUCGAUCCGGCGAUCGUAUGUAUCGCUCCCGACGCGCCCACCAACGCGACCACCGGAGGUUUCGCGACAGUGGACGGGGAUGGUAAGACCCGGCUCAUGUGGAUGCGGCUCCCCGGCGCCCUCGCGUCGACGCCGGGCGGAUCGGAGGCGCUGUUCUGGCGACUCUUCGGCGGCGACGACGCCGGCGCCGAGCUCAACGACCCGCGCGCCAGGACGAUCGCCGCCAAGGACACGUUCUGGCUGGACAGCGCCACGGCGUCGGUGGCGGGGCAGUGCCCCCGGUCCAGGUUCUCGUUUAUGGGCGGGAGAGGCGGCGGUCUGUGGCGGAGGCUCGUGUACGCGCUGCCGCGACCGGAGCGGGAGAGCGCGAGGGCGAAGGCUGCGGCGAGGCGCGCCGCCGAGGGUGCCGCGGCACGCGCCGGCGACGACGACGCCCCGCGCGACCCGCCGAUCGUUUCACUCUCUGACGAAAAAAACGACGGUUCCGAUGCGGGCGUCGACGACCUGCCGUUUGACUUUAGGUGCGGGUUCGUCGGGUACCUCGGGUACGAGAUGCGCGCCGAGUGCGACUCCCCGGCGCCCAGACAUUACUCGCCCGUCCCCGACGCGGCGUUGUACUUCGCCGACAGGGCAGUCGCGGUGGACCACUCCAACGACGACGUGUACCUGCUGGCGCUGGAAGCGGAAGGGGACGCGCGUUCGUGGAUGGCGGAGACGGAAAGGACCGUGCUCGCGCUGGGGAGCUUCGACGCGACAAAAGCGAACAAAGGCGACAAACAAACGGGAAGCGCUUCACACACAAACGAGGCCGCCUACGCGUACGAGGGCGGGUUCACGUUUCGCCGCGACCGGGACGAAUACGUCGGCGACGUGCAGGCGUGCCAACGCGCCAUCGACCGCGGGGAGACGUACGAGGUGUGCCUGACGAACGAGCUGCGCAGGACGGUCGGGGAACUUUCGCUCGGAGCAGGAGGGGACGGGGAGGUUGGCGGAUCGAUUCCCGCGCCGCGCGCGCCGGAUCCGGCGACGCUGUACUCGGUGCUUCGAAGGACCAACCCGGCGCCGUACGCCGCUUUCCUGUGCUUCGGCGGCUGCGACUUUGGCGGGGCCCCGGACAAUUCGUCGGCCGUUUCGUCGGACGUUACGUCGGACAAUUCGUCGGAUCCCCUCGCCGACGUCGUCGCCGUGUGCUGCUCCUCCCCCGAGCGGUUCCUCCGCCUCUCCGCCGGCGGCGUCCUCGAGGCCAAGCCCAUCAAGGGAACGGCGCCGCGGGUCCAACCCUUGGGGUGCGACGCCGACGUCGCGGAAGCUUCGAAGCUCGCGACGUCCGUCAAGGACCGCGCCGAGAAUUUGAUGAUCGUGGACUUGCUCAGGAACGACCUCGGGCGGGUGUGCGUUCCCGGGACGGUGAGUGUGCCGGGUCUGAUGAAGAUCGAGUCGUACGCGUCGGUGCACCAGCUCGUGUCCACCGUUCAAGGGACGAAGAGGGGCGGGGUACCGACCGCCGCGUGCGUCGCGGCGGCGUUCCCGCCGGGGUCCAUGACGGGCGCGCCCAAGUUCCGCACGGUGGAGAUAAUCGACACCCUGGAGCCCGGGCCGCGCGGGGUGUACAGCGGGAGCGUCGGGUACAUCUCGGUACCUCGCAAGUCCGGCGAUGGAGCGUUUGACCUCAACGUGGUCAUCCGCACCGCCGUCGUCAAGCCGGGGUUGCGAGGCGGGGGGGUUUGGGUCGGGAGCGGCGGCGCGAUCACCGCGCUGUCGGACCCGGUCGGGGAGUGGGAGGAGAUGACGCUCAAGGCGAGGGCGGUGCUUCGGGCGAUCAGGGCGUGCGACGAGGCGGCGUCAGGUACGGUUUGA